UGGAAGACAAUGGGUUCCAUAGCAGAAGACAAAACAGCAACAUAUUGGGAAUCAUAAUUGGGAUUAAGGGAUUAACAUCGCUGCCCAGACGCUUUCUUCUCAGCCUCAUUCUCACGUACUUUCUCCUCUGUUCAUCGUCCCACUGCGCGGCGUCGACGCCUUGAGCGAGAAGCAACGGCGGGGGGAGUUGAUAAGGGCAUUUGGAUCGCCAAGAGGUCAUGGGGAGCCCCAAUCGGGAGAGUCUUUUCAGGAACAGAGAGAAGCCCCAUUGAAGGUGAAGAGAGGGGAAGGGGAAAAUAGAAGGUUUGGAGCAGAGGAGCGGCGGGUAGUCCCAAUUCAGGUAGCAGGGGAUCUUGGUGGCGAUGAAGAACUGAGACGCAAGCGGCGGAGCGGUGGUGGGGCACACCAGAAUAUGCGUUAGGGCUUCAAGCUUUUCGGUCCACGAUUUUGAGCAACAACAACUAGGAGGUUGAGAAGAUACACAUACAUGGGUGUAGAUUAUUACAAGAUUUUGCAGGUAGACAAGAGCGCCUCAGAUGAUGAUUUGAAGAAGGCUUAUAGGAAACUUGCCAUGAAAUGGCAUCCCGAUAAGAAUCCCAACAAUAAGAAAGAGGCCGAGUCCAAGUUUAAGCAGAUCUCUGAGGCUUAUGAGGUUUUGAGUGAUCCGCAGAAGAAAGCAAUUUACGAUCAAUAUGGUGAAGAAGGUUUGAAAGGUCAGGUACCACCUCCGGGCGCCGGAGGUCCAGGCGGUGCAUCGUUCUUCCAGACUGGGGAUGGGCCAACGAUGUUCAGAUUCAACCCUAGAAAUGCCAAUGACAUUUUUGCCGAGUUCUUUGGAUUUUCGACCCCAUUUGGAGGAAUGGGCGGCGGCGGCGGCGGCAGUGGCGGCAGUGGCAUGGGCAUGAGGGGCGGUUCGAGGCCAUUUGGUGGCGGCGUGUUUGGGGAUGAUAUGUUCGCUUCAUUCGGUGAUGGCCAGCCGAUGAGCCAAGGUCCGCGAAAAGCUGCUCCAAUUGAAAGGAGACUGCCCUGUAGCCUUGAAGAUCUCUACAAAGGCACCACCAAGAAGAUGAAAAUCUCCAGAGAAAUAGCUGAUGUUAGUGGGAAGACAUUGCCUGUGGAAGAGAUUCUAACAAUAGAAAUCAAGCCUGGUUGGAAAAAGGGCACAAAAAUAACAUUCCCAGAGAGAGGGAACGAGCAACCAAACAUGAUUCCAGCAGACCUGGUUUUCGUUAUAGAUGAAAAGCCACACAGCACAUUCACAAGGGACGGAAAUGACCUAGUCGUCACAAGGAAAAUCUCUCUUGCUGAAGCUCUAACAGGUUACACAGCCCAUGUCACCACACUAGAUGGAAGGAGCCUAACCAUCCCUAUUAACAAUGUCAUUCAUCCAGACUAUGUGGAGGUUGUUCCAAAGGAGGGCAUGCCAAUACCGAAGGACCCCUCCAAAAGAGGAAACUUGAAGAUCAAGUUCGACAUCAAAUUCCCCACAUACUUGACUUCAGAGCAGAAAUCUGGGAUUAAGAAACUUCUGGUGUCUUAAGACUGUGUCGCGUGCCGUACUCUUGUAAGAAUUUAGUAUCGUAUGAGGGUCUCUGUAAUCGCAAUGCAAAUCUGUUUUUACAUUGCUUUACUCGAGGCUUCACUGUCUCGAGGUGUGGCAAUAGAAGAAACAAUAAAUGUGGAUACUCUUGCAUGAAAGCUGAAUUUGAGCU